GCAAGACAAGAUAUGAGGGAGAAAAGAAAAGGGUGGUGAAUGUGAAAAUAGAGGGAGCAUGUGGGAUGGUUGUGGUCACUAUUAUAUAUGUUGUCUCUUACGCUUUGCAUGUGACUUUCUUUCUUUCUUUAUAUCCUUUAUAUAUUAAGUAUAUGCUGCAAUAUAUUUAAUUAAAGAGAGAAGUAACAUCAAGGUGCAGAGAGAGGAAUUGAAGCAUGGGAAGAGGGAAGGUGGUUCUGGAGAGAAUACAGAACAAGAUCAAUCGCCAAGUAACCUUCUCAAAGCGCAGAAAUGGUUUGCUCAAGAAAGCUUUCGAGCUAUCUGUUCUAUGCGAUGCUGAAAUCGCUCUCGUCAUCUUCUCCAGCCGUGGCAAGCUUUUUCAGUAUAGUAGCACUGACAUUAACAGAAUCAUUGAGAAGUAUCGUCAAUGCUGCUUCAACAUGUCUCAGACUGGCGAUGUAGCUGAACAUCAAUCGGAGCAGUGCUUAUACCAGGAGCUUUUGGUAUUAAGAGUCAAGCAUGAGUCACUCCAGCGGACUCAAAGGAAUCUUCUGGGAGAAGAACUAGAGCCACUUAGCAUGAAAGAAUUGCAUAGUUUAGAGAAACAACUGGAUAGAACGCUUGCACAAGCUCGGAAGCACCUGACACAGAAGCUGGUAUCACGAAUUGACGAAUUACAUGGAAAGGUGCAUAGCCUGGAGCAGGCUAACAAGCAUUUGGAAUCUCAGGAAAGAGGUAAAUAUACCCAGAUUUGUGAAGGUUCUCCUAAUGGCCAUAUUUUGCAAGAUAAACAAGUCAAUCAGUUUGAAUAUGGAACAGCAGGUUCGUUUCGGCUUCAGCAAGAGCAAACUACUGCUUCCAAAGGAAAAGAAAUAGAGACGAUCGAGGACUGGUUGAGGCCAAAGCAGUCAUAAUAUUAAUAUAUUGCAACUUUGAAUGUUCAUAGAGUUAAAAUAUAUUGUUCGUGGUCGUGUGUGUAUCCAUCAAAUAUAUAGUUCCAAGCCUCAAAAUUCUAGCUAUAUAGUACGUUAAGCAUCCAUUGAUGUAGCUUUGAUUAAUUUAGUGUAUGUUUGAUACAAGAUAUUUAAUUUAGAGAAUUAAUAGUUUUAUUUUUAUCGAUU